AUGCUUGGUCUGGAACGUGGUUCUCGUGUUGGUGAGAACAUGGAACCCCCAUAUUUCCCAGAAGAAGAUGAUAUGCCACCAGCCAGAGACCCUGGAGUUCCACCUUCUUAUGCAAAAGCUAUCGGGACUAUAGCGGGAAGAGAUUUAGUCGCUCGUCGCUGGAAAGAGAACGAACCAAUCCGUCGGCAGAUUCUGGAUGUUGAAGGCGUCCCGUUGAGACGAAGACCACUGAUUGCAAGAGUUCUCAACAAAGGUGGAGGUCUACAUCUACCGUAA